UGAGUGACCUUGUGGUGUUUGUAAACAGACACACGUUGUCUUUGUGACUAGCCGAGUUUAUUAUUGCAACAAAGUGAUCAUUAUUAUAAUUAUUAUAAUUUCAAACAGCAACAUCUAAAUAAUAUCUCUAGUAUAUUACAAUUUGUGUGACGGAAGAGGUGAUAAUAAAAAUGGAGGUGGAUAACAUGUGUAUAUUCGAGAACGAGAUGGAGGGUUCCCGCGGUGACCGAAAAGAGGGCGGCAAGCGGGGACGCAAGCCCGGAAGAAAAGCAGCCGACAAGGCGGAUAUGAGAGCCAAGCUUGAACGCAGUCGGCAGAGUGCGAGGGAGUGCCGUGCUCGUAAGAAACUCAGGUACCAGUACUUAGAAGAACUUGUAGCUGAUAGAGAGAAAGCCGUUCUUGCGCUGCGAAAAGAGCUCGAUAUGUAUCGAUCGUGGGGACAAGACCUCGAUGCCGGACGUGUACCCGAAGAAUUACAAGCCAUGCUAGAAGACUGUGGAGCCGUAAAAAAAGAGACGAAUAAAAACUAGUCUAUUUUAAAGAAACAUUUUAUAUUUACUAAAUUAACUAUAUUUUGUACUUUCCAAUAACCUCGCGUUACCUCAAUUUCUUAUUUUAUACAGCUGUAAAACUAUUAUUUUUUUAUCUCUGUAACCUUUUACUACUUAACUGAUUUUUUUUUUCUAAAGUGUGACGUUUGUUUUUUUUUUCAUUAUAGAUUUUGAAAGAGUAAAUUUUUUGAUCCCGGCAGCGCGUUUCACACGACAACUGGUUGUCGCACAUCAUACAAAGAUAAAAAAAUAAAGUAAAAAAAAGGAAUAUCGCGCUGGAUAUUGUAUCGCGUUAGUAUUUUUUUCAUUUUUUUAGUUUACGAGGGUGACGUGAAAUUUCAAAGUUUGCAUAAAAAGAUAAAGAGAGAGACUAGAUUGUUGCGGUAAAAGCUUUUAUAUCUUUAUGCACAGAUAUGUGUAUUCACACUUGAAAUGCUCAAGGGAGUGAAAAACAACAACAUACACAGUCACGUAUAAUGUAUAUAAAUAUAGAUAUAUAUAUUUAUAUUAUUACCUGUAUAUUAUGUACCUGAACACAGUAAUAUACUAACUUCCGGCUAGACAUUAAACUUUUAUAAAAGUUAUGAUAGUAAGCAAUCGUCAAAAGUACUAUUGCCAAGGGAGCUUUGAAAUUUCUCUACUCUCGAAUCUCCAGAGUAAUUCGUACACAAUAAUAUGAUAUUAUUAUUAUUAUUAUUAUAAUUAUUAUCGUAAAAAUACUAAAAAAUACAUCCAUAAAUAUAAUAAAUAGAUAUAUAAAUAUAUUUUAUUGUUAUGAGUAAAACGACAAUUGUAUAUCGUAAAAUAAAAGUGAUAGUUGUGUAUAAA